AUGCCCGCCCGCCUCGCCGGCAAAACCGCCCUGAUAACGGGCUCCUCCUCCGGCCUUGGCCGCGCCAUCGCGCACGCCUACGCCGCCGAAGGCGCGCGCGUCUGCUGCGUCGACAUGUACCCGACGCUGCGCAACGCCGUGAACUCCUCCACGGGCAAAGCGGACGACUUCCACAACCGGCGUAGCGACGGAGUCCCGACGCACGAAUCGCUCGUUGCGGAGUACAGCGGGGAUCAUAUUUUUGUGCGGGCGGACGUGACUCGCGCCGAGGACGUCGAGGCGGCGGUCGCAGCAUGCGUGGAGAAGUUUGGACGGUUGGAUGUCAUGGUUAAUAACGCGGGGAUCAGCGUUGAGAGCACGCAUGUGAGGCCGCUACGGGUGCACGAAACGAGCGAAGGAGACUACGAUCGGACAAUGGCGAUCAAUGCCAAGGGCGUAUUCCUGGGGUGCAAGUAUGCGAUCAGGCAGAUGCUGAAGCAGGAGCUAGUGGAGGGGAGAGGGGGGGAUAGGGGGUGGAUUGUUAACACGGCGAGCACGCAGGGGCUGGUCGCGUAUUAUGGGACGCCUUCGUAUUGUGCAUCCAAGGGAGCGGUGGUGCAGCUCACGAAGCAGGUGGCCGUGGACUACGGACCGGACCGCAUCCACUGCAAUGCGCUGUGCCCAGGCUUUCUCAGGACGACCAUGACGCAGAACAUCCAGAGCGAUCCUGAAGCCCAGCGAGCAAUCGAUGCCGCACACCCCCUCGGGGGCAUGGGUAACCCUGAGGACGUUGCCCGCGUUGCCGUCUUCCUUGCCAGUGAUGACGUGCGGUGGAUGACGGGUGUUCCCCUGCCUGUUGAUGGCGGCGCAGUUUGCUUAUGA